GUGAAUGAAGCAAUUUGGAUAUUUAUUGCUCAAUCUUUCACUAUUUACUUAAGUCGCAUUUGCUGAAUCUCCGACACAACGACGUUCUUUAUACCUGAAAGAAAAAAAAUUGGGACCUUAAACUGCGUACUUGAUCAAGGAUGCAUUAGGCGCAGGAGUGAGUUAAGCGAGAGAAAAACCAGUUUCUCUCGCUCUUGUCCUCUCUUCCGACUAAACUACCUACAUACUACACGUGCCGAUUCUAGUUGUAGUGUAGUACAUACACGCGUUUGUACGCUCGAGGAAGAAACAUGUCGACCGGUGCACAGAAGAAGACGUAUUUCGAUAAGAGGAAGGAGGCACGCGGGAAGGUGUCCUCGGGAUUGACCCACGAAUGCGGCGUCUUCGGAGCGAUCUCUUCGAGCGCUUCCGAACCAGGCAACUUCGAGGUGGCUCAGCUGAUCCUGGUGGGAUUGGAAGCGCUCCAGCACAGAGGGCAGGAAUCCGGUGGGAUCGUGACCAGCGAAGGCUCCAACCACUUUCACAUCCAGAAGGGUAUGGGUUUGGUGAGGAACAUCUUCAACGGGGAUAACAUUAAGAAUCUCGUCGGACAUCUGGGUAUCGGACACACGCGGUACUCGACGAGCGCCGCAUCGGAAUCGGUGAACUGCCAACCGUUCGUCGUGCACUCGAUGCACGGUUCAUUGGCGGUCGCCCACAACGGGGAGCUGGUGAACUGCGCGUCUCUGAGGAAGAAGGUCUUGGAUAGGGGCGUCGGUUUGUCGACGCACUCCGACAGCGAACUCAUCAGCCAGGCGCUCUGCUUGAUUCCACCAGAAGGUGAAGUCGACGGUCCCGACUGGCCGGCUCGCAUCAAGCAUCUGAUGCAUCUGGCUCCGCUCAGCUAUUCCGCCGUCAUUAUGCUCAAGGACAGGAUUUACGCGGUACGGGAUCCGUACGGAAACAGACCGCUGUGCUUAGGGAAAUUCGUCACAUUCGAUGGUGAAAACACUUCUUCACCCAAUUCCAUCGCAGAAGGAUGGAUCGUUUCGUCGGAGUCCUGCGCUUUCCUCAACCCGAUGCAGUACAUGAGGGAGAUCCUCCCGGGCGAGAUCGUCGAGAUGAGUCGCGAAGGCGUCAAGUCCAUUUCAGUCGUCGCGAGGCCGGAGAACAAGUCGUUGGCGUUCUGCAUCUUCGAGUACGUGUACUUCGCCCGACCCAACAGCGUCUUCGAAGGACAGGAAGUCUACACGGUGCGCCUCAGGUGCGGAGAGCAGCUGGCGAUCGAACAUCCUGUCGAAGCGGACGUUGUCGGUUCCGUGCCGGAAUCUGGAAACGCGGCAGCGCACGGCUUCUCCAGACAAUCGAAAAUUCCGUUCGGAGAAUUGCUUACCAAAAACACGUACGUCGGACGCACCUUCAUCCAACCCAGCAACAGACUGCGACAACUCAACGUCGCUCUGAAAUUUAGUCCGAUUUCCACCAACGUCAUGGGUAAACGCGUGAUCCUCAUCGACGAUUCCAUCGUCCGAGGAAACACCAUAGGUCAGAUCAUCAAAUUGCUGCGGAAAGCCGGCGCCAAGGAGGUUCACAUCCGCGUAGCCAGUCCGCCGCUCAGGUAUCCAUGCUACAUGGGUAUUAACAUACCCACGAAGAAGGAGCUCAUCGCCAACUCUCUGGACUGCAAGGAAUUGGCGAAGGAGGUGGGAGCAGACAGUUUGCAGUACUUGAGCGUUGACGGUUUGGUGACGGCCGUGCAACGAGAUAUCAAGGAUAAGGGCAACGAUCUGGGACAUUGCACCGCUUGCUUGACCGGCGUGUAUCCCGGUGGAGUUCCGGAGGAUUUGGAUUGGUAGCAACAGCAUAUCUUUCUUCAUAAAUUACUUAUCUCUUUUUUUACACGUUUAUAAUCACUGAUAAAAAUAAAUAGCGUCGAUGCAU